AUGGCUUCCACGGGCGCAACCCAACCACCCACAGCGGCGCAGAGCAGCCCGCAGCAGGCCGCUGUAGGAGCGCGGUCAGAGAACACCGCGGAAGAGUUAUCGUCGAGCCCAGUGGAGAUGAGGACAUUACCACCGUCCGACGCUGUGCCGGCCUCCACGACCAUGGCUGCGCCAGCUUCAGCAGAGACCAGCACCUCAGCCGCCCCAGCAGAGAUUACAGUUCCCCACACGACCGAGUCGAUCACGGCACAACCAUCGCAAACGGCUGUCGCAUCGUCCGCGAAGCCUGCGCCUCCCACCGCCUUAAAUCGCGCAGAGACAGAGGCCAUUGGACCCUCGACCGAUACGCCUGCCGCUGUCCCGGACGCCUCGAAUGGCCCAGUAGUAGUGAUAAUGCUGCUCCUGCCAUCGACAGGAGCCAGGCAUCCAUAUAAGAUUGAUGAGAAAUACCUCAAGAAGCGCGGUGUCGACGUUGCGGACAUGGACCCAUACAACAUCGAUGUAUACACCCUAAAGGAGCUGAUAUGGCGGGACUGGCGGGAAGCCCAGCAUGUUGCAUUCGCAGCCUCGUUCAUGGCAGGGCUUAUCCCAGUCCGUGCAAGUCAAUACAACGCUUCUACGGUCAUGGGCGCAGUCACGCCAGAUUUGGGUUUGAGCACGGCUAACACGACAUGUACAGAAUGGGAGCCUCGGCCAACAUCACCGAGCUCGAUACGACUGAUUCACUUUGGGCGCAUGCUGGACGACAAGGCACCACUGAAAGACUGCCGCUUCCAGACCGAGAAUCCCAACGUUGUUCACAUGACAGUCAAGCCGCAGGAAGUGGUGGACGAUGAAGAUGCCAAGACUGGUAAAGGCGCCAGCAGAAGAGACGGAGAGGACGAGCCCACAGCAGGCUGCCGCUGUGUCAUACUAUAA